UUUAAAAGUUCAUAUAUGUUAUUUUAUUUAGGUACUGAUUUAAAUAUACCUGCAGCAGCUGUAUCUGCUUUGCAGAUGUCACAAGGCUUAGUAACACCUCAACAAACAAUAACUCCACCUAUAGCAACACAGUGUUUUCUUCUUUCUAAUAUGUUUGAUCCAGCUACUGAAACUAAUCCAAACUGGGACGAAGAAAUAAGGAAUGAUGUCAUUGAGGAAUGUAAAAAACAUGGUGGUGCUAUGCAUGUUUAUGUUGAUAAAAUGUCCCCCCAAGGAAAUGUUUAUGUGAAAUGCCCAACCAUUGCUGCUGCAGUGGCCUCAGUGACAGCACUGCACGGUAGGUGGUUUGCAGGACGAGUUAUCACUGCAGCGUACGUACCUGUUGUCAAUUACCACAGUCUGUUUCCUGAUUCCAUUGUUGCUCCUAUUUUAGUAUGAUGAAAAAGAAGCCAUUAAGUAUUUUUCUACGACGUUCAAAAAAUAUGUGAACAUUUUUAGUCGCACUGUUCUCAAACAGUUCUGUACAGAAUAAUAGCUGGCCUUGGAAAAUGGAGAUGGAUAGCAUCUGUAAAUCUUCACUUGUAUAUAAACGUUGUCAUCCAUUUUUCAAUGUUGUAAUUUUGUGUUCAGAUGACUUAUGGACCAUUUUUUGUGCUACUCACUUCUAAGACACUGUAAUUAAAUUUGUGUGAAUACUAUGCUUAAAAUAAAUACAUUUGAUAUUUAUUGUC